AUGGCAAAGAAACCUCUGAUGGUUGGGAGAGUGAUAGGAGACGUACUUGAUUCCUUCAGCCCCAGCGUGAACAUGGCUGUCUCUUACAACAAGAAGCAAAUCUUCAAUGGUUAUGAGCUCUUCCCUUCUGCUGUCACCGACAGACCCAGGGUUGAGAUUGAUGGACUCGAUAUGAGGUCCUUUUAUACGCUUGUGAUGACUGAUCCCGACGUCCCUGGCCCCAGCGAUCCUUAUCUCAGAGAACACUUGCACUGGAUGGUGACAGAUAUUCCAGGGACGACGGAUGCCACAUUUGGAAAAGAGGUGGUGAGCUAUGAGAUGCCGAAGCCAAACAUAGGGAUACACAGGUAUGUGUUCGUGCUGUUCAAGCAGAAUCGAAGGCAGUGUGUGAGGGCACCGUCUUUGUCUUCGUCUUCUUCAAGGGAUCACUUCAACACUCGGGAUUUCGCUGCACAGAACAAUCUUGGCCUCCCUGUUGCUGCCGUCUACUUCAACGCACAGAGGGAAACUGCUGCCAGAAGGCGCUGAGAACAAUGAUGCAUUUCAUGAAUAAAUUGGCUUAACAUUCCUCACCUCCAUCUGAUCUGUGUUGUAUCCAUCAGUAUAGUACCGCAUUUCCCUGUGUAAUAUAAAUGGCCAAGCAUUACCACCUGCGUCUUCUUGUAGUUGCAGUCUGUUCGCCUUCCGAUUCAAGGUUGGCCGUACCGCUGUAAGGAAUCUGCUUCUGUGUAUGUCUAUGACAUGUUUGUUUC